GAGUUAGCUAAUCAAUCAAUCAGGCCUAUUAGCCUCGCGCCCAGGAGCGACUAGCCUCGCGACCUGCACCGCUUAAUUGAUUAUUAGUUUAGAGUUUAUUGGUUUGACUGAAGCCGAGGCGAAAUGGACGAAGACUGUGGUGUAUCUGAGGAUUUUGAUUGUCCAAGCCUUUUGUGUGAAGAACAGGAAGAUUUGGAACCAAUGAAUGACCAGCCUGUGGACAGGAAAAGGGAGGAGGAGGAGGAGGAGGAUAGGGGGGAGCGGCUCUUUAAUCAGAUAAAUAACAGAGAACAAACUGGACACAAUGAACAAGCAGGAAAUAGUGAAAAUAAUGAAGAGGAACCAGACCGAACUGAAUCGAAGGCUGUGGCGGGAGCAGAGGAGGAGGAUGGUUCUGCAGAUGGAGCGGACAAAGACAUUAAUAACAAUGAAAAAAUGGAGGAUAAAGAAACUUGUGAAGACAAAGAUGAGCAGAAAAGGGGCAGGAAGAGGCGGAGCAAAAAAAACGAGCGUUCAAGAUGUAAAAAAAGUUGUAAAGUUGUUGACGAUAAAGAGCUGACCAAAAACCCAGCUCAGGAACUUGAGAAAUGUCCAGCGGACCCCUCAUUGGAGCCCACUGUUGGGCUGAUGAACAGCAGUGAGUUGACUGAUCCCAUAUACCUGGGAUGUGGAGCCUCGGGGGUGUACUGCCCCCCUGUCGCCUUGGCUCUUUACUCCUCACAGCCUCCGGUCCAAAUCCAGCCUGCGCCUCCUGCACCCCAGGCCACCAAACGGCCCCAUAGCCCCUAUCUACAUAGUGUACCGAAGACUAACCCCCAGCCUCUUGAGAUGGCGAUAACUCAAGUCUAUUCAACAAGACGCUCAAUACGAUACUGCACGAGGGGCCGCGGGCAAUCCCUCAGCUAUCCAGUGAUGCCAGGAUUAGAAAACAUUGACAACUGCCUUCUGCCACCUGCCCCAAAGAAGAAAACUCGCACUCUCUAUAGUAUAGAUCAGUUGGAGCACUUGGAGUCCCUGUUUCAGGAAGACCACUACCCUGAUGCAGAGAAGAGGAAAGCCAUUGCUGCUUCAGUUGGGGUCACACCACAGAGAAUAAUGGUUUGGUUUCAGAACCGCAGAGCAAAGUGGAGAAAAGUGGGGCGUUCAAUCAGUGCAAAGGCUGAGCAGAAGGCGAGCCAUGCUGGACCUCACAGCAACCUCCCGCAGGCUCAAGUGACCCCUGCUCUGCUCAGUUUGCCCCUCAACAAACCACCAUCUUUUUCUGGUCACUUUGCCACAAAACUGUCUCAGAUUGCGCCCACAGCACCGACUUUCACUCCUUUGUACAGCAACCACUCAACCAGUCCAGGUCAGUCCAGAGUCCGAGAUGGAGAGCAGCUCCAGCUUUCAUCUCAGGGGGGGCUUGCGGAGUACCACCCACGCCCAAUGCAUAGCCCCCCUCCCAUACGCCGAGCCAGCCUGCCUCUGUUUACCACAGCCUACAACCCGGCCAACCCAAACCCCUCGCUCCUUAACACGCUGGCCCACACCCCACCUCUGUUUCUGGAUGCUCUAGAGGCGGGCUCCUCCCUGCCACACCAUGACACGCAGCCUCUGCAGGCUGACACCAGCUCUCUCUUUGAUUUUGGGGAGAAGCUGGAUUACCUGAGUUCAGCGCAGCAGAACAACCUCCUGUACCAGUUGCAGACAUCCUAUCCCAGCUCUCAGCCCCAACCCUGUGUUUCCUACCUCACCCCUUCCCCUUACCUCACACCUAAUCCUCCAGAUUCCAACCCCUCAUCCUACCUGACUUUUGGCCCCGGCGGCGGCUCCACUGGUGUGGUGACCUACUCAACUGGAGGCCACACCUUCUUCCAGUCCCAGAGCACAGGACAAGUGCUACUCCAAUCCACUGGUCCUCACGGUGGGAUCACUGCCUAUCAGUCAUACCCCUGGGGGAGCAUGUACAGCCAGGCCUCUCUGCACCAGCGGCCUCAGUGCCCCCCGUCAUACCCCAGCACUCUGAGCGCUCCGCGGGACCUCCAGCUGGCCCCCUCUGGCACCGCCCCUCCCUCCGUGUUCUUCACCAUAGACCAGCACUCCUCACACACACAGAUCCAUUCCAGCAGUACUACUCUGCCACCUGUGUCCACACUCAGACCCCCCAGACUCAGAGCAGAGAUCACUCCAACUAAAGCUGCUCCACUGCUGCCUGCUCAGGCCAGCCCUGCCUCUCCACAAAGCCCUCCAGUGCCCCCUUGUGUCAAGAUAGAGUACGACAGUCCUCGGGAAAUCCAUAGCCAUUUCCACUGUGACUUUUCACCAAUACAUUUUUGACUGCAUAUGUUUAAAUUAAAGUUAAAUUAUACUGUUUGUGUGUGAUGAGAAUUCAUAGGUUAUUCAUUAGUAGUUCUGUAAUAUUCUAAUUUCUGUCUUUAAUGUUUUCCAGUUUGCCAAAAAUAUUAAUGGAAAAAAAAAUCAUAGCUGGCCUUUAAUAAACACGCACUGCUUAGUGGACAUCCUUAAUUCUAUCUUUGUCGUUUGACGUUGGUUGUCAUAUGCUGUAUCUGUCAGUAGAGGGCACUGUAAAUGCUUCUAAAUUUACCAUGUGCAAAGAUCUGACACUUUGUUUCCUGGACAUCCCUCUAUCAUGGCCAGAAGGGGGAUAUGAGCAGGCGCUAAUCUGAUGAAAACGAAUACAGACACUUGUUACAACAGAGGAAGUGUCCUAUUUGAGGAAAGACGCUGCCUAAAUCCUAAUCUUUAUUGCCAUCUGCUGUGUUCACACACGGUGCACUCUCCGCUCUGUUUGUUCAUCACAUCACCCUCAUGUGCU